AUGAGGGCCGUGCUCUGGGACCUGCUGCUGCUGCUGUGGCUCUGCGCCCGCGCGCGCGGCGACUGCCGCGGGGACUGCGCGCACUGCGAGCGCCAGCUCUACCGCGACCGCUUCGACGUCCUCAUCUGCAUCCUGGAGUGCGAAGGCCAAGCCGUGCCCCGCGCCACCUGGGAGCUGUGCGCCGCCGCCGCCCGAGCGGCACCGCGGCCCCGCCGCCUCUCCGGCCGGCCCUGGCCCUCGGGCGGAUCGCCUCGCCGCGAGGAGGAGGAGGAGGAGGAGGAGGAGCAGGAGCAGGAGGACAUUUCCCGGCGGCCGGGAGCGGGCCGGGCGGCCAAGGGGGUGCAGAAGAGGUACGGGGGCUUCAUCGGGGUGCGCAAGUCGGCGCGGAAGUGGAACAACCAGAAGAGGUUUAGCGAGUUCCUGAAGCAGUACCUGGGCAUGGCGCCGCGCUCCAGUGAGUACGGCCGCGGCGGCGCCGGCGACGCCAACGAGAUCUAAGCGGGAUCCAACCCUCCACACCCCGCCCGCCACAUCCCAUGGGUGCCAUCCUACAAGGGGGCCAUCACCAAGAGAACAAUCCCAUUCGGAAACAUGGCUCGGAAACGCCAGCGCCGGCCACGGGAGGGA